GCCUGUCCCUGCCCAGCUCUGGCUGAGGUGGAGCAGAGCAGCCACCCCGGCGUGCAUGCAGCCUGCAGGGACACAAGCCUGCGAGCCAGCUCCCGGAGAGGGGACAGUACCGCGAGGACAGCCAUGGAGAAGAUGGCCAGGGUCACCACGGCCCUGGGGGGCAACGCCCUGACAGGACGCACCAUGUUCUGCCACCUGGACGCCCCUGCCAACGCCAUCAGCGUGUGCCGCGACGCUGCCCAGGUGGUGGUGGCAGGGCGCAACAUCUUCAAGAUCUACUCCAUCGAGGAGGACCAGUUUGUGGAGAAGCUGAACCUGCGCGUGGGCCGCAAGCCCUCGCUGAACUUCAGCUGUGCCGACGUGGUGUGGCACCAGAUGGACGAGAACCUGCUGGCCACGGCAGCCACCAACGGCGUGGUGGUCACCUGGAACCUGGGCAAGCCGUCCCGCAACAAGCAGGACCAGCUGUUCACGGAGCACAAGCGCACGGUGAACAAGGUGUGCUUCCACCCCACCGAGGUGUACAUGCUGCUCAGCGGCUCCCAGGAUGGCUACAUGAAGUGCUUCGACCUGCGCAAGAAGGACUCUGUCAGCACCUUCUCCGGCCAGUCAGAGAGUGUGCGAGAUGUGCAGUUCAGCAUCAGGGACUACUUCACCUUCGCCGCCACCUUCGAGAAUGGCAACGUGCAGCUGUGGGACAUCCGCCGGCCCGACCGCUACGAGAGGAUGUUCACGGCCCACAACGGGCCUGUCUUCUGCUGUGACUGGCACCCCGAGGACAGGGGCUGGCUGGCCACGGGGGGCCGGGACAAGAUGGUGAAGGUGUGGGACAUGAACACGACGCGCGCGAAGGAGAUCUACUGCGUGCAGACCAUCGCGUCGGUGGCGCGCGUGAAGUGGCGCCCUGAGUGCAAGCACCACAUCGCCACCUGCUCCAUGAUGGUGGACCACAACAUCUACGUGUGGGACGUGCGCCGCCCCUUCAUCCCCUCCGCCAUGUUCGAGGAGCACAAGGAUGUCACCACCGGCAUCGUCUGGCGCCACCUGCACGACCCCUACUUCCUGCUCUCGGGCUCCAAGGACAGCACGCUGUACCAGCACAUCUUCAAGGACGCCAGCCAGCCCAUCGACCGCGCCAACCCCGAGGGGCUGUGCUACAGCCUCUACGGCGACCUGGCCUUCGCCGCCAAGGAGAGCCUCGUCUGCUCCGACUCCAACCGCAAG